ACCGCGUAUUGGGUAUUAUGGGACAGAUAUGUGAGGUGAUUUACUAAAGAAGGGAGUGACUUUAUGUUUUUCUAUAAAUUAUAAUCAGAGGGUUGACAGAUCGCAGCUGAAAAAUUUUGAAGUCAUGACGAGAAUAAUUUACACUUUUUUGUUGCUAAUUCUAGGUCAAUAUACUUGUCGAGCAAAUGUUCUUCGACAAUUGAAUGAUGAAGUCCGUAAAAUUAAUGAAUUGGUUUAUAAUCUCUCAAGUAUUUGCGAUUCACCGAGUUUACGGGGGUGGAGACGAGCUCUGUCCUCAGACAGAUCUGAAACUGCGUUAACUGGUGCGGAUAAAUUACAGCAGAAGUCACGAUCACUUUGGACCCAAUUCUUGGAUGGAUUAAAUGGCGAUUUGAUGGAGGAUGAGGGUAAACAAUUAGUGGGUGAUAUUGCUCCAAGAAGUUUAAAUUCCAGUACAGAUGAGACCACUCGUUCUGGGAGGAAGGACUUCGCUUUUGAGUUGAAGUUGGCGGAAAAAAUUCGAGAUGAGGCGCAGGAUCGAGUGAAUAAACUCAGAGAGGCAAAGGAAAUAGAGGAUAAAAUUAAGGCCCAAAUAGCGAUGGAAAUGAGUCUCAAAGAGGAAAAGGAAAGAGAAGAAAAACUUAAGGCGGAGAAGCUCAGGGAGGAACAGGCGAGACAGGAACAGCUGAGGGAAGAAAAAGCAAAGGAGAAGAGACUCCAGGAAGAAUUAGAAAAACAAAAGAAACUUAAUGAGACAAGAGCUCAAGCUGACGCAGCGACAAUGGAACCCCCCAAAUUCGUCGGUCCAACUCUCAGUAGUCAACAACUAUUCAAUAACUUUUUCUAUGAAGCAUUGGGAAACACAAUGCGACAGAUUAUUUCUAAUAAUUCCGAGCUCAAGGAAAAUCUUGGAGAGGAUUGGGAUCCUGCGACUCUGAUGGGACAUAAUGAGGCCCCGAGGAAAACUGUAUAAUCGAACAUUUAUAAAGUCAUUUGAAAAAAAUGAAAUAAAUUAAAUGUUGGCAAAAUGAUAAUAA